AUGCCGAUCAAGUCCAACAAAGCCCCGCCUGCAAAGGCGCUGUUUGUUAUCAUGCUCGUCGCUCGUUCGACCAUGGGAGUGGCAACGGCAGAUUUGCCACCAGAGAAUGCCUUACGCAUCUUGCAGGCAUUGGAUGCAUUGUAUGUGAAUCUGGCACCUCCUGCCUCCAAACAAAAGAGGUACUUGAGGUCGGCCGCGGACAUGGCGAUAGGUGAAGCAGGAAGGUUAAUUCCCGAUAUCUCGAAAUCUAAGGAAAUCGAAAGCCUUUUGGGAAAAGUGAAGGUAGACCCCCUUACCACACUGCGUCAAAGUUCCUCAACGAUCUCCUUCGAUACUAUGACAAAAUUUCAAAAGCAAUAUUGGCCAGACUUCGACACAAAAACUCCCGAGGAGGCCUUUAAGUCUCUGUCGCUUGGCAAGAUGGGAGAGAACCCAUUUAAAAGCCCAAUGUUUCCUAUGUGGGAACACCUUGUCAAGAAAACCACGUCCGAGACAGAUGUGACCAAAGCGAUGUUUGAAGCUAUGGAUAAUGCAUUGGGAGAUAAAACUAGUCUGGCCAAGUUCCUAGGUCAAGCAAAGACUUCAACUGAAUUCAAGGGCACCGUCGAGAGUCUUUACAAGUAUCAGAUCGAUCUUUGGGUUCGAGAUGAUUACACGCCACAAACAGUUUAUGAUCUUUUGAAACUCAACACGGUAGAGGAUCUAAAUAAAUUACCCGACUCCCCAGAAUUCAGCAUGUGGGCUGCGUUUAAUACCGAAAAGAAUUCGGUGUAUGAGGCUCUUUUAGUCCUUAAGGGACCAGAACGCAGGUUUCUUGAUCCUGAUCUGAUGAGGGCUCUUGCCAAAAUCGACGAAACCCGUGACAGCUUUAAUUUCGCUCAAGGCCUGCUAUACGCUCAGCUCCAGUUUUUGAAAAGACAUCCUAUUGAGAUAGAAUCAUCCUUCAGGCGUUUCAAGCUUAAAGCAUUGGAUUCAACCAAUCCGAAGUCUACACCAACUGAUGUGACUAUGGAUCCACUUGGAAGGCUUUGGGUCGACUACGUGUACAUGAGAAAACAGGACGAAAAUGGCCUUACCGACUUCGGUGAAGUCUAUAUGCUACUCAAGAAUAGGAUUGGACAUACCGCGGCCAUAAAGACGAUGAAAAAGGUGAAUACGGACGGCUAUUUUCUAAAACAUCUGAAUAAGAAGAGCUCUGAGGAGAAGGAGAAUUUUGGUUUGUUUUUGAAGACAUUUGAGCCGGAGAAACCCAUGGAAACAUCUGGAUGA